CUUUCCUGCUGAAAACCCUUCCCGGACUCCCGCACCUCCGGCCCUUCCCCUCUCCGCCACGCUGUGUAAAGUCUUUCCUCGCUGGCCCCCAGGGCGGACGCGAUCGUGCAGACCUCGACCCCACAUCUCCAUGGCCUUGGGGUUCUGCAGGCACACCUCUCUCUCCUGACGCCGCCUCCAUCUGCACCAACUCCGGAGCCCGCCCUCCGCCUUAGCACUGCACUUUGUACUACUCCCCGCCUUAGGAGUGCCUUCCGCACAACCUGCAUGCCACUGGCCGUGCGUGUCACGGUGUGUGUGCGUUCCUGAAGCCCUCCUGGAAAGUGUUCUUCCCGGGCAAAGGACGUCUGCAGUCCGUACCUGACUGAAUUCUCAAGACUGAUCUUGUCUGAGGAAGGAGGAAGGAAGGAGUCAGGCAUGGCUGUUUGUCAGGAACAGUUGACAUUCAAGGAUGUGGCCAUAAAAUUCUCUGAGGAGGAGUGGGAGUGCCUGGACUCUGCUCAGAGGGCCUUGUACAGGGACGUGAUGUUGGAGAACUACAGGAACCUGGUCUCCCUGGAUAGCUCUGCUGGCUUCAUGAUCAGGGAAUUAUUACCAAAGAAAGAAAUUAAUAACAGAAAAUUAUGCCAACCUGUGGUUUUGGGAAGACAGGAAAGCCAUGACCUUGAAGAUUUUGAUUUAAGGGAAAUUUGGGGAAAUAUGUAUGAAUUUGAGAAUAAGUGUGGACAUGAAGAAAGAAAUUCCAGGGGAGUGCUCAUGACAGAUACUGUAAGUCUCACUGGUAGAAAAGAAAAACAAGACAGCAAAUCCAGAACUAACUUACCUUUAAAGCAGAGUGUUUCUUUAAGAAAAGGUACAUAUCAAUAUUUUAAACAAGGGAAGUCAUUAGUGAAGAAUUCGUUAAAAAUAAAAAAUAAUAUGGUCUAUGCAAGAAGCAAAUAUACAAAUUGUUUGGAAAAUCGAAUUGGAUUAAACUUUCAGUCACAACUGCCUGAAAUGCAGAGAUUUCAAACUGAGGAGAAAAUGAAUGAAUGUAAUCAAGUUGAAAAGCCUGUCAAAACUUGUUCUCCAAUUGUGCCACUUCAGAGAUUUCCUCCUAGUAUCAAAACCAACCUUUGUAAUAAAUAUGGAAGAGUUUCUAUGUAUCCUUCGUUGCUCACACAGCACCAGAAAACAAAAAUUAGAGAAAAAUCAUACAAAUGUAAUGAAUGUGGAAAGACUUUUAGCCAUCAUUCAGUCCUUACAAGUCAUCAGAGAAUUCAUUCGGAGCAGAGGCCUUACAAAUGUAAUGAGUGUGGUAAAGCCUUUAAGCAGUUCUCAAACCUCACAAGACAUCAGAGAAUCCAUACGGGAGAGAAACCAUAUAAAUGUAAUAUCUGUGACAAGGUCUUUAAUCAAAAUUCUCACCUUACAAAUCAUUGGAGAAUUCACACUGGAGAAAAACCACACAAGUGUCAUGAAUGUGGUAAGGCUUUUAUCAAAUGUUCAGACCUCUCGUGUCAUGAGAGAAUUCAUACUGGAGAGAAACCUUACAAAUGUAAUGAGUGUGGUAAGGGUUUCACCAAACGUUCGUAUCUUUGGGAUCAUGAGAGAAUUCAUACUGGAGAGAAACCAUACAAAUGUAUCGAAUGUGGCAAGGUUUUUAGACAGUGGUCUACCCUCAGGAUUCACCGAAGAAUCCAUACUGGAGAGAAACCAUAUAAAUGUAAUGUGUGUGGCAAGGCCUUUAGUCAAAACUCAAACCUUACAAUUCAUCAGAGAAUUCAUACUGGAGAGAAACCUUACAAGUGUAAUGAGUGUGGCAAAACCUUUAAGCAAUAUUCAAGCCUCAUAAGACAUCAAAAUAUACAUCCCGGAGAGAAACCAUACAAAUGUAUUGUGUGUGGUAAGGCUUUUAUCAAACGUUCACAUCUUUGGGGUCAUGAGAGAACGCAUCCUGGAGAAAAGCCAUACAAAUGUAUUGAAUGUGGCAAGUCCUUUAGACAAUGUUCUGACCUCAGGAUUCACCAAAGAAUUCAUGCUGGAGAGGAACCUUAGAAAUGUAACAAAUGGGACAUAAAUCAUUUAACUAUUUUUCACAAUACACUUUAUAUCAGAGAAUUUACACUAGGGAGGACUAAGUCUCUAGUCCAAGAUUAAUCAACCUUGGAUGUUAAAUUCUUCACAGUAAGUAAAAGUCAAAAUCAUUUUAAGACUCAUGAAACAUGAGAUGAGUGUCAGUCGAGCAAGAAGAGCUUAGGAAUGUAGCAUUUCCUUUAAAAAUACUUUGAUUACAUGAGGUUUCUUGAAAGGCCUACAUCAAUCAUGAUUCAUGUCUUUUGACCUGAAGUCUGAAUUUGUUAAUGUUACAUCUUCAUUAUAUGUUUUUCAUGUGUUACCAUUGAUGGGCUCUGGGAGCAGAUCAGUAAGAUAAAAGGGCCUACUUUAUUAAAUGGGAGUCAUUCACAUCCAUGUAUCCUGAAGGAAUGCUGAAUUUUAACAUAGAGUGUUUUGUGGAAUUAAAUGAAUACAUGGGUUGGGCAGAGAAUAUAUGUAAAACAAUGAUGUAAAUAAUAUGUUCAGGAUCCUUUCUACAGGAUCCUGUAACAGAGGGCCACUGGAUUAUCAGAAACCAUUGCUCUCCCAGAGGAGUGUGAAACAGCAGGUUUUGAGACUGACAGACUGAGAUUUUCAUGAUGUGUUAGUAGGGACUGCUUAUGUGAUAGAAAUAAUGGAGAAAUAAUGGUCAUUUCUCCCUUUAAUGAAAAUAGUGGUUGUAUAUCAAAGAUGAGUGAAAAGUUAUUCUUAUUUUGGGGAACUAAAAAGAGCAAUUAUGAGGAAAACUUAAAAUAACCAGAAUACAGUGUACAGGUAUAGGAUCUGUGUUUAACCACUACACUGAUGCUGCU